AUUUUGAGUAAAUGGGCUUCGCAGAAUUUUCAAAGCAUGAAGUAUCUAAAAGACCAAAUGCAUCAUCUUUAAACCCUUUGGUUUUUAAUGUUAGCUUUUGUUGAACAGUACUAUUGAGACUAGGAGUCAUGAACAAAAAGAAGGAUUCACAAACAAAUCCAGUUAAAUCUAAGGCUCCUAAGCAGAAGACAGUUGCAGUGAAAUCAAGAGUAAAAGGAGCACCAGUAAAAAGGCCAAAAUCUGCUGCAAAAGAAAAGACAAAAGUAAAACCAGCUCCUAUUGUGUCAGCUGGAUAUUCGUUAUACUCUGCAACAUCAGACAAUUCAGUUAAUGGGGACUUUGAUACGUGUAGUGAACUACUUGCCAGACUGAAAGAAAGGAGAAAAGUGACAGGAAAUCAUGUCCAACAUUGUAUAGAUAAAUUAGCGUCUUCUGAUGACAGUCAACAAACAGAUCCUUCCUUUCAUUCUAAUAGACUAACUGUUGUCUUACCUUCUGCAUAUGAUCAGGAAUCUGUUCAGUCUGAUACAAAUGCCCCUUUCAAUCAGAGAUUAUCCUCAUCCACGCCUGAUCCAGAAAAAGCAACAUUCCUGGCAGAACAAGGCAACAUUUUCCAGACUGUUCCGGAAAGAGAUAGCUCUGGUCCAAUAACCAAGGAAACAGCUACAAAUAGACCAAAUUUUCCUUCAAUUACUCAUAGUCAACAGGGAUUCAGUUUGCCUACAACUGCAACAAGUAUAAACAUACCAUUUGGUAGCUAUGGUCAAUUUGCUACUUUUGGUCACCAAGGAAACACAGAAGAAGUUGUAAAUACAUCAAGUUCAGGCUUUAUACCUACAUCAAAUACUUAUACGAAUGUUGAUGUUCAGAACUGGGCAAGACGUGAUAGUGAUAUUCAAACUUAUCAGGCAUAUAUACCAAGAGAAUCAACAGGAUUUUCUGUAAAUGCAAAAAACCUGAAAGACAGCAAUGAUUCGAAAGGAAAUUCAUCUGGCAGUUCUGGUGCAAAAGAAAUUUCACACUUAAUCUCUAGACAACAAAGUAUCAAUUCAAGUGGAACUGAUUAUGUUGUGUUGCCAUGGCCAAAAGGGGGAACAAGUGGUAAUGCUCUACCCCCUGGCACCCCUGUUUUCCAGUUACAAAAUGGACUGUUCCAAAUCAGACCUGCUAAUGUGCAGGGUCAAGGUCAAACGGCAUCUGCUAAUGAACAGUUAGGACAAGUUAAAAGGAAAACACCAAGCCCAGUACAGAAUGAUUUAGGAGGCAGCUAUUUAGCUACUGAUGCUUUCCAAAUUCCAGAGAGGGAUAAUGGGCCAUCGGUUCCUCAAGGAGUGAGAAAGAUCUCUUCAGUUGGAUUGACACAGGAAACUUUGUCCUCUAUAACCGGGACAAAUUCACCCCAUCAUACAAUUACACCACUCAGUCAGCGGACAACUUCUGUUACCAUGACACCCAGAACAGAAUCCUCCAUAAACACAGAAAGUGUUCAUAAUACAACAAGCAAUAAAAACUCAGAUGGAAACAAGUCAAAAGAAAAUCCAGGGGAGAAAAAGGAUAAUCCACAUAGUUCAGGAGGUCAAAAACAGAAUUUUGAUGUAAACAAUAAACAAGAUUCAAAUAUGGUUGGCAAUUUUUUCCAAGGACAGAGUACAUGUACAAGUUCUGUCAAUGAGAGAAACAUAAGUAACCACAAACAGAAUGUUAGUAACCAGGGUAACAGGAAUCUAGUAGGUCAAAAUAUAAGUGGACAAAGUUCUCAGGGUCAAGGGCAAAUGUUUCUUCUUCAGACUUCUCAAGGAGGUUUAAUGGGCAAUAACUCUUCAUUUCAGCUUAUUCCAGUGUCAGUCUUGCCAAAUUCAAAUUUACAUAAUGUAAAUAAUGCCUCAGGUGCCACAACAACUUGCCAACCAGAAAGUUUAAGAGGACAAAGUGACAGACAACAACAGGCAAAAGAAGUAAAUUCAAAUAAACAGCACGAAGCUGUUGAAAUACAAGGGGAAACAACUCAUGCCAAUAUUGCAAAUCCAUGGAGUAAAGUCAAAAUGGAUGCUGGAUUGAAGAAAUUGAGAUACCUAUUGGGAGAAUUAAAGGAAUGUGGAAAGAUUGGCAAGGAUGUUGAAGUAUCAAGACUCGUAAAGGAAGUUGAGAAAACCAUAGAAACCAUACCAACACUCAGUAGUAAAUUUAAUUUAAUGGCGGAAAUUGAUCUGUGUCUACAACCACUUAGAAAUGAGAAUUGUCAGUUAAGGAGACAACUGAGACUAGUUAACCAAAAAGUUAAAGAAAAAGAAGUUGUGAAAGAAAAAGCUGCCCUAGACUUUGAUGUCAUACACCUUCAAGCCAGUAAUACAGCUUUACAGAAACAAGUUAAAGAUGAGAAAGAGACCAAAGUAAAGCUAGCUAUGGAACUAAAGGAUUUACAUUCACAGAUAAUGAGAAUGAAAAUAGAAAGAAAUAAACUUCUGGCUGCUCUCAGUGAAAAGGAAACAGAUGAGCUGAAGGUUAAACAGGAAUGUUUAUCUGAUACACAGAAGUUUCGACAUGAGAUUGAACAGCUACAACGACAGACAGAUGGUAUUCAGAUGAAACAUGAGGCUCUGGAACAGGAAAACCAUAUUCUACAGAUCACAGUACAACAGAGAGAUACAGAAAUCAGCAAAAUGCAGGAAGUCGUCAAUGAAGUAAAAGAUUGUGUGGCUUCAUUGAUCCAGGAAUUAGAAGAGAGUAAAGUAGGAGAUAAGAGCUUUGUAUCCAACAACAGCUUUAGUUUACAGAAAUUGAUAAAAGUCCUAGGUGAAGAUAGUGUUGCAAGCUUUACACAAAGUAAACAACCUCCUAAUCGCCAACAGUACACUAAUACUCAGCAGAGCCUGUAUUUAGUCCCAAAGGAACCAUCAACUCCAAGACUAACAAAGCAGGCAUUGGCAACACAUGACAAAAAACAGCCUCAUGGUAGCCGUGGUAAAAUGUUUAUCUAUGAUGCUCAUCACACUGAAGACUUCAAAACUAGCAAUUCAGACACUGAAGUUGAAUUAAAUGUUGUAAAUCAUGGGCAGAGAAGAAAACAAUCUCCUGGUAGGAGGGGACAAAGUUUAUCACCUCCAAGUAAAAGAGUUCCAUUAAGGGAGAGAAAUAUUAAUGGAAAGCAUAAAUCACCUGAACCAAAAAAGCAGACUUUUGUAAAGCAAUCUCUGCUAAGAAAUGAGGAAGUAGCAAAAAACAAAAGAAACCUGAAUCGUUCUUUGUCUCCAGCUUAUACAAGAAAUCCUAAGGUUGCUUUUGAUUUCUCUAAAACUUCAUAUAGACAUGACAGUGACGAUUUUCAAGAGGAAAAUUAUUUAGCGUCAAAUAUUCAACAGAGCUGUAAUCAAUCAGAAGCUUCUCGUUAUAGUGUAACAGACUAUUUUAGAAAGUAUCCUCAGAGUAAACCAAAUAGUAGUGACACUUAUAGAAAACGUCUUCAUCAGCGCUCAUACAGCCAACCAAAUCAUUAUGAACAUUCAAAUAGUAAAUGGACAUCAGCUCCAGCUGCAUCACUGCCAAAAGAAUUUACCUCUCCUGUUCGAACUAGUAGUAGAAAUAAUCCGUCUACUUUUUCUCCGCAGGACAAUUUAUAUCACGGAACAGUGCUAGAUAACUCAUUAAGUGCUAUUACUGACGAUAAUAUAUCUAGCGUAUCAGAAAGAACGUCUACCUCAACGGCUACAACUGUUAAUGAUACGUCUUUCAGAAGGGGUAUUGCUGCUCUUGAUGCAAAUAUUCUCAAGUUGCAGCUGGCAUUGCAGAAAACCAAGAACAUGCUGUCAUGAAUUUUGUUUUAUGAAUCAAUAUUUAAUUUAGUUAUUUAUGAUGAGAUUUCUAGUAAGGUUUAUAUAAUAUGUAAUUAUGUGGAAUAUUAUUCAUAUAGUUUUGAAGAAAGAUAUACAAGUAAAGUUUUGUUUUAGUUA